AUGGGUAGAAGGAACUGCACCACUGUUCCUGACUUCAUCCUCAUGGGGCUGACGGACUCUGCAGAGACACAGCUGGUCCUCUCCGUGCUCUUCCUCCUGAUUUACCUGAUCACGGUGCUGGGGAACGCGGGGAUGAUAUUGAUCAUUUGCCUGGAUCCCCAGCUGCACACCCCCAUGUACUUUUUUCUCUCUCAACUGUCAUUUCUCGACCUCAGCUACUCAAGUGUCAUCACCCCUAAAACCUUACAGAACCUACUGACUUCCACCAAGAGCAUCUCCUUCUUGGGCUGCUUCACCCAGAUGUUCUUUUUUAUAGUCUUUGGUGCAGCUGAAUGUUUGCUUCUCUCCUCCAUGGCCUAUGACCGCUAUGUAGCGAUUUGCAACCCUCUUUGCUACCCAAUUAUUAUGUCCACAAGACUGUGUCGUGCCCUGCUCACUGGUGCCUAUGUUACUGCCUUUUUGAGUUCCACACUGAAUGCUAUUUACGUGAGCAGAUUGGACUUCUGCAAGUCCAAUGUCAUCCAGCACUUCUUCUGUGACACAUCCCCUAUUUUAGCCCUGUCCUGCAGUGACACACUGGUGGUUGAAAUCAUUAUAUUCAUUUGUGGUGGAUCCAAUUUACUGCUGUCCCUUAUCACCAUAUCUGGAUCCUAUCUGUCCAUCCUCUCCACUAUCCUGAAAAUUAAUUCCACUGUUGGAAAGAAAAAAGCCUUCUCCACCUGUGCCUCCCAUCUCCUGGGUGUCACCAUUUUUUAUGGCACUCUAAUCUUUACUCAUUUAAAACCAAAGACGUCCUACUCCUUGGGAAGGGAUCAAGUGGCUUCUGUAUUUUACACGAUUGUGAUCCCCAUGCUGAACCCUCUCAUCUACAGUCUCAGAAACAAAGAAGUAAUCAAUGCUGUUGGUAGAAUCAUGCAGAAUACAGAGGGAUUAAAAUAUCAAUGA